CAGAUUUCAUAAAUUCUAAUGGAGUUGGAUAACUAGUAAAUUUCUCUUAUAAAAAUCCCACUAUAUGUAUAAUUAUUUUUUCAAUGUACAUUAAUUUUUUAACUUCCCAAAAGAAAAUACCUAUGGCGUCAGUGAACCUACCGUGGGAUAUGGUGGAAGAAAUCCUCUCUCGGGUUCCACCAAAAUCACUUGUUCGAUUUGGAACUGUUUGCAAACAAUGGAAAGCACUUUUUCAAGAGAAAAGUUUCGUCAACACCGAACUGGAUCAUGCCCGUCCAGAGGUCAUCUUAAUGUAUGAUGGUAAGAUUUUUUCGAUAGAUGUCAAUCUUGAUGAUCUCGCGAUAGAGGUGCGUCGGAUUUUUUUAGAUAUUCCCACUUGGGAAUCUUACGCCAUCAACUAUUGCGAUGGGUUGUUGAGUUGUGAACUUUCUACGAAAGGGAGCGGGACCGUAGUUUGGAAUCCGUCGAUGAGACAAGGUAAACAGAUUCUAAAGGAGGGUUAUUUGUUCUUGUUAUGUGGGAUAGGAUACAACCGUAGUAGACCUGAAAUGGGGUACAAGAUAUUUGCGUAUUAUUCUCAGUCAGGGAUUAUAGGAGGUGAAGAACUUGCAAUAUACGACUGUGCAUCUGAGACGUGGGAGGUUAUCAAUGCCCCUUACAACGAAUCGCCUAUAGAAGAACCAUUAGAUGCUGAUAUCUCUCUCAACGGAAAUUCUUAUUGGACUGCUUAUAACACCGAGACGAGUGACUAUUUCAUCCGAAGAUUUGAUUAUUCGAAGAAGACAUUGAAGAACUUUUGCAUGCUACCGUGUAAGAAGAACUCUGACGGAGAUACUCAUUACCUCUCGGUUUUCAGAGGAGAACGGUUUUCGAUGUUAGAACAAUGCUAUAGAACCAGAGAGAUUGAGAUUUGGGUGACAAAGAAUAAAAUAAGAAAUGGCGAUGAGAAAGAUGUGGUAUGGAUUAAGUUCAUGAAUGUUUCAUUACCGGACAUGCCCAGAUUGUCUCACCAGUACAACGGACGUUUUCCAAGUUACUUUGUUGAUAAUAUACGUGAAAAGAGUUUCGUCAUGUGUUGUUACGACGAGACUCACCACGUUUGCAUUUAUAUCGUGAGGGGAGAUAUGUCAAGAAAGAUUGAAAUCGAUUUCGUGGAUGGUGGAUGUUGUCACGCUAUUAAUUUCCCCAGUUUGAUCCCUAUUGCUUGAAUGAACGAACACUCUCCGUGAUAGACCUUUUUCGUUACUUAGAAGGAACCUAUUUCUUUUAUCUUCUCCAUAAUCUUUAUACUUCCUUCAUUCAUUAUGUUCAAGGAACUCUUUCUG